AUGGCAGACCUUCUAGAUUCACAGAAACACGUCAACAGCGUCUGUCUAAGCUUGCUCCUUCAGGAAAUCGUGCCAACAUCCGUUCGUGUUUCCCAGAAACUCGCCGAACCUCCGCAAACGGAAUCGAAAGACCUCCAAACAAGAAUCGACACUCCAUUGUCCACCUUGGCCCACGACCUUCCCGGAAAGAUAGCAGUAUUCACCUCGGAUUUACUUGCUGCCGAUGAUGUGACCCUAAGAAUUGAGGCCUAUGGCUACGCUUUGGGACUACGUCUUACAGAAGUGUUAAUGUAUAGAGCACCAGCAAAUAACAAGAUCGUGGACGUGCUUGAUAUCAUGAAAUUCUUGUGCCGAGAUGUGUGGAAGUGCUUGUAUGGUAAGCAGAUGGAUAAUCUUCGAACAAACCACAGAGGCACGUUUGUGCUAAUCGACAACGACUAUAGACUCAUAUCAAACUUGAGCAGUGGAAAAGGCACCCCGGACUCCAUUAACAAGGCCCGUUCGUACGUUUGGUUUCCAUGUGGAAUCAUUCGCGGCAUACUUAUGAGUUUUGGGAUCGAGGCGUACACCACGGCAGAGAUCUCGCAGUUUCCAGCGGUAACUUUCAACAUUCAAACUGCUAUCAACAAUUGA